AUGGCCCUCGUCAGACUUGGCACGCUGCGCGCCUCUGCGCCGCUCGCGUCGCGCCUGCUGUGCACGGCGGCGCCGAGAAAGAUCGCAGUCGUGCUCGCCGGCAACGGCGUGUACGACGGCUCCGAGAUCACCGAGUCCGUCGCCACCCUCGUACACGUCUCAGCGGCGGGCUUCGCUCCGGCAUGCUUCGCGCCGGACAUCGUGCAGCACCACGUCGUCGACCACACGAAGGGGGAGGAGGACUCAGCGCCGAGGAACGUCCUCGUCGAGUCCGCGCGCAUCGCGCGUGGGCAGAUCGCGCCGCUCACCUCCCUCGACCCGACGGAAUAUGCGGCGCUCAUCGUGCCAGGCGGAUUCGGCGCGGCCAAGAACCUGUGUAACCACGCGACGGUGGCGCAGGGCGACGCGGCGCUGAUGGCGGUCGAGCCGUCGCUCGAGACCGCGAUCCGCGCCUUCCACGCCGCCAAGAAGCCGAUCGGCCUCUGCUGCAUCGCUCCCGUGAUCGCGGCGCAUCUGCUCAAAUGUGAGGUUACGGUCGGACAGGCGGAGGGCGAGCAAUGGCCGUACGGCGGCACGGCGGGCGCGAUCGAGAAUUACGGUGGCGUUCAUCGCCCGACCGACUGGAGCGGUGUUUGCGUCGACGACGCCAACAAUGUGGUCUCGUCGGCGGCGUAUAUGUACGAUGGCAAGCCGCACGAGAUCUUUGAGUCUGUGGGCGCGAUGGUGGCGGCCGUCUGCGAGCGCGCCUGA